CUUCUUUCUACAGAUCAAGUUAUUGCGGACGACCUGAUACUGCGCCGGCAGCUUCUUCGGCCGGCUCAUUUGCAUGCCAGCUUCCUGCAGCCCUUAUCAUGCCUAGGAGUCACUCAGCCUGAUCAACUGCUACGACGUGCGCCAACCAUCGUUCUCUCAGCCAGCCUCCCAGUAGCCAAAUCGACGAGUGUUGCCGGAGGUGACGUCGACUCCGAGGUCUGCAAGAAGGCCGAUCUCUUGACAGAAAACGCGAAAUCUUGGUUCCAGGGCUCGUUGCAGACCCUUUUAGGGUUGAUGGACCGACGAGAUGUAGUCCAGAUUAUUGAGCGCCAUCCGGGUAAAGCAUGA